AAUGUAGGUAGUGGGGGCGGGGUAAAUGCCUACGCAAUUGGGUGCCGAGUGCCUACUUGUAGGUAUCAGUAGCCGCUAGGUAAUUUCUGCAACUUCACGUGUCUGUCGACGCGACUUGUUCUCAAUUCAUUCCCUAAAGCGCUAGAAGUUUUGACGAUUUGUCGACCUCCUAUUCAUUUCCCUCGUUGCUCGUCAGUUACAGAUGAAAGAUUAAGCGCCGCAUAGCCUCCCUUUGGCGCGAUGGAUCUCUCACCACCUGAGCUCUCUCCCCUCGAGCAGGAGGUGUUAGAGGAAUACGAGCGACUAGCCGAGAACAUGAAAAAGCUCGCAUCAGUUCUCGACACCAUGGCCAGCCAACCCACGACUGAGAUCCUGGACGGACUACGCGAGCUCGAGCGCAAGACGAGUCUCGUCUUCACACUCCUCAAGGCCAGCGUGUACAGCAUCGUCCUGCAGCAAGAAAUCGAUUUUGGCGAGAACCACGACGGACAGCAGUCCUGAUUCAUGAAGAUCUGGCUAUACUCGCACCUGUGCGGACAACGCGAGCUUGAAAGCCAACGGGCAUUACUUAGAAAGGCCUUAGUACGACACUAUACUCAGCACCGACGAAAAGACCUCAAUA